AUGCAGGACCCGUCCCGCGGUGCCGUGCCGGGCGGAGGCCCCAGAGUGGCCGGCGACUUUGAGCUGAAGCACUUCAACCUGACCGAGGAGGACACGCGGAUGAAGAUCCCCAUCCUGCGGGCGGCCCAGGCCGUGGCGGCGCGGCCGCUGUCGCUCUACGCCAGCCCGUGGACGUCCCCGGUGUGGAUGAAGACGAACGGAGCCAUGACGGGGAGGGGGACGCUGAAGGGGAACCCGGGGGACCGCUACCACCGGGCCUGGGCCAACUACUUCGUCCGGUUCCUGGACGAAUACGCCAAGCACAACCUGAGUUUCUGGGCGGUGACGGCGGGGAACGAGCCCACGGCCGGCGAGAUCGUCUUCUACCCCUUCCAGUGCCUGGGCUUCUCCCCCGAGCACCAGCGGGAUUUCAUCGCGCGGGACCUGGGCCCCGCGUUGGCCAACAGCUCGCACCGCGGCGUGCGGCUCAUCAUCCUGGACGACCAGAGGCUGAUGCUGCCCUACUGGGCGCAAGUGGUCCUCAAAGACCCCGUGGCCGCCAGCUACAUCAGCGGCAUCGGCAUCCACUGGUACCUGGACUUCCUGGCGCCCAUCGACCUCACGCUGUCCAUCACCCACCACCUCUUCCCCGAUUAUUUCCUCCUCUCCACGGAAGCUUCCACCGGCUCCUACUUCUGGGAGCCCCGGGUGGUGCUGGGGGGCUGGGAGCGCGGCGCCAAGUACAGCCACAGCAUCCUGACGGACCUGAACAACUACGUGACGGGCUGGACCGACUGGAACCUGGCCACGGGCAGCAGCUUCUCCUCGAGCAGGGACACGAAGGCCAAGGUGUCAGCGCCCUGCGCGGCCGACAGCUCGCAGUCAGCGUUGUACCUCUAA